UAAAGAGCAUCAUAUCACUUUCGACAGUUUUUUCACCAGCCCCAAACUGGUAUAUGAUCUCUUGGACAAGCAAACUCACAGCACAGGAACAGUGAUCAAAUCUCGAAAGGAUAUGCCUUCCAGUUUUAAGAACGCAAUAAUGCAGAAAGGAGAUGUUAAGGUUAAAACACGUGCUGGAGUAAUGGCUGUUCAGUGGGCAGACAGGAGAGUUGUAUCUUUGUUGACCACUACUGGUUCCGCGAGGCAGAUACAAACAACAAAUGGAAAGGGUCGUGAAGUUUCUAUCCCUGCCAUUAUAGACACCUACAAUCUUACGAUGGGAGGGGUCGAUCUCGGAGAUCAACUUAUUCUCCAAUUUGAGCCACAGUUCAAGAGUUUAAAGAUGUGGAGAAAACUCCUAUUUCACUCUCUUGUAACCGCAGCAGUAAAUGCCUAUAUUUGCUAUCGAGAUUCCUUUAUUGUACAACACAAAAUGGACCAUCUGAAGUUUCACCAGCAGCUUUGCCAAGAACUUAUUGGGGGUUUUCGACAGGGUAGCAGGAACAGACAGCUGCGUAUAAUACCAGUCCAGCACAGAACCUUGGCAAGAUUGUCUGAGAGGCACUUUCCGUCUAAAAUACCAGAUGGUAAGCGUAAGAGAUGUGCUGUUUGCGCGGGACAUGGAGGCGGAUUCAGGAAAACAAGAAUUCAGUGGUGGUGUGAGGACUGCAGGGUCGGACUCUGUGUAGAAGGAUGCUUUAGGAAAUUUCACACGAGGAUCAAUUUUGAGGAGUAAUUGGAACACAGAUAUGACAAACUAUUACUCUACUCAAAAAAAACUGUCUUGUGUUUAAUCUAAGUGUGGUGUGUGUGUGCGAGAGAGAGAGCGACAAUUUUUUUAUUACCUAUAUUUAUAUUCUUAUUACGGAUGAAUUAAACCUACUUACAGCAGAGCUGGCGUCUGUCAUAAAG